CUAACUCAGAUUUGUGUUAAAAAAAAACAAACCAGAGGCACAGACAGACAAUAAUGAGCUUCACAUCUCAUCUCCAAGCGACCAACCUCAUGGUGGUGGUCGGAGCAAAAUCGCCGGUGGAUCGUCGCCGGAAAGCACUUGAGAGAGUGAACAAAGAGCUCUCAAGAGGCAAAUACGAAACCGCGCUCUCUCUCGUCAAGCAAUUCAAGAGCAGCAAACAUCACGGCUGCUGCCUCUCCGCCUUCGCCUCCGCCAAAUUGCUUCCCAAGAAAUCACCACCACUAUCGGAUACAUUCGAAAGGUUGAUCGAUUCAGUCUCCAGAACCUUCGAAUCCGUUUCUGCUGAAGCGAUUCAAGAGCACAACAAAGCAACAACUUGUGAAGAAGAUCGGUUCGCUGUCGUUCAGCACGAAUCAGGCCAUUUCCUGGUCGGUUACUUGCUCGGAGUACUUCCAAGACGCUACGAGAUACCAGAUCUGGAAGCUAUGAGGGAUGAUGAUAAUGUAGUGACCGGGAGAGUAGAGUUUGUGGGGUUUGAGUUCCUCAAACAAGUCGGUGGUGCAAACCAAUUUAUGAGAGAUGAUGUUUCGGUUUCAUCCAAGACACUGAACAACUUCUCAUGUGUGGUACUCGGAGGAAUGGUAACGGAACACAUGCUUUUCGGAUACUCUGAAGGUUUCUACUCGGAUGCUGUCAAGUUGGAGAGUGUUCUGCAGUGGCGAGGGUUCACGGAAAGGGAGGAGAAGGCGGGUCAUGUCAGAUGGGCUGCUUCCAACGCUGUUUUUUUGUUGCAUUCGUACAGUGAAGCAAGGGUUUCACUUGCGGAAGCAAUGUGCAAAGGCAAACCGAUUAGUGCUUGUAUUGAAGCCAUUGAAUCUGCAAUUUUGUAGACAUUUUUAAUAUGUGUGAAUUAACUUUGUAAUUCUUCCU